CGCCCACCCCGUACCAUGAGCACGCGGGAACCCCCGACGGUGGCCAGCGAGGCGUGGUCGUGUGGGGCGGUGCUAGGAACUGUGAAGGCGUGGUCUCACGAAGGGGCGGGACGGCGCGCUUUCUUCCCCCAGCUCCAGAGGUCGCGUCGCGGUCCCUCAGACGGCUGCUUGCCGGAGCCGCGUCGGCACGUGGCUGGUGCCUACCUGGCCAGGAUGGCGCUUUGGGUGCCGCUGCUGGCGCUGCUCUGCCUGUCCUGGGCAGCGGAGGGCGCGGGGUGCGGCGAGUGCCAGCCGGAGCGGUGCCCGUCGGUGCGGUGCGCGGCGCCCGAGCUGACGGCGCGGGACGAGUGCGGCUGCUGCGAGCGCUGCCUGAGCGUGGAGGGCGAGCGGUGCGGAGGGGCGCGGGGCGCUCGCUGCGGGCCGGGACUGGUGUGCGUGAGCCAGAGGGCGGCCGCCGAGGAAGGAGGAGGAGGAGAGGAGGAAGAAGAGGAGGAGGGCACCGGGCGCUGCGUGUGCGAGGAGGACGGCGCCGUCUGCGGCUCCGACGGGCGCUCCUACAGCAGCGUCUGCGCCCUCCACCUGCACAACUGGCGCGCCCUGCACGGCGCCCGGGAACGCGUCCGGAAGGCGCACGACGGCGAGUGCAAGCUGGCUCCUGCUAUUAUGGUGCCACCCAAAAAGAUUCACAAUGUUACAGGAGCCCAAGUCUACCUGUCCUGUGAAGUGAAAGCUGUCCCAACACCUAUCAUUACCUGGAAAAAGGUCAUAGAAUCCCCAAAGGGCGUGAAGCUCCUAGAAGAACUGCCUGGAGACAGAGUCAACAUCGCAGUCCAAGUUCGGGGUGGACCAUCUAAACAUGAGAGUACAGGCUGGGUUUUGAUUAACCCAUUGACAAAAGAAGAUGAGGGUACUUACCAGUGUCAUGCUACAAACAUGGUGGGAGAAACUGAGGCAGAGGGGAGCAUUAAAGUCCUGAACGCCAACAAGAAAGCUAAUUUCCUGCCAUCCGAAGACAUGAAGUAGCAGGAUGAAGUGAUUUAACAACCUCCAAAAGAAUCGGAUCUGAGCACAGCUUAGACCCGAGUGACAGAGCGGUUGGCUUUGCUCUCUUACUUGUGGAGGAUUCAAAGACACCAACUUGAUUGUUCCUCUCACCAACGCAGUGCAGGUUGUUUUUCUAGAGUAUUGGAAUAAUAAUGUAGUUGAGAAUGCAACAAAAAUGCUCAAUAAAGCAUAUUUUUUACCAUUUUAA